UGUCUAUGAGCCGGAUAGAAACGUGCUGCGAAGGAAAGAAUGGGAAAGGAGAAAUCAGGAGGCCCAGCAGGAGGAUGGCGCGUUUAACACAAGUUACUCCCUCUUCAGUGAACCGUACAAGACUAACAAGGGGGAUGAGCUCUCAAAUCGCAUCCAGAAUACACUGGGCAACUAUGAUGAAAUGAAAGACUUGUUAACUGACCGAUCAAACCAGAGCCACCUUGUUGGGGUUCCAAAACCUGGGGUUCCUCAGACGUCUCUCCCCAAGCCUGAUGAACAUCUUCUUGCAGACUUGAGACCGCCACCUCCUCCUCCCAUUUCCAGCACUACUUCUUCAACACCAGCAGCACUACCUGCCCAGCAGAGCAAAAGUGUCACGAUGGCUUGGCAGAAAUCUGGGCACAAUGCCGCUUUGGAUGGCCAGCAGAGAGCUGCCCAGCAAAGCUCACUGAGGGCCACGCUAGGGGAAAAUGUCAACAGAGUGCAGCAGUCGGCAAAGCUCAACUGUACCUCGGAAGGAGGAGCUCAGGUGCAAGAGAGGGCAGCAAAGCACGGUGGUGGGCACUGCGUCCAAAACUUCCCACCCUCUCUUGCUUCGAAGCCCAGUCUGGCUCAGCAGAAACCGACAGCUUAUGUAAGGCCAAUGGACGGUCAAGACCAGGCUCCUGAUGAAUCUCCAAAGCUGAAGUUACCAGCAGAGACGACCAAGUCGUACAGGGGAGUGCCUUCUAACAAGCCUGAUUCGGCCAGGACCAAGUCAAAGAUAGCCAAGUUCAGCAUUCCUAAGCAAGAAGAGGACAGUGGAACAGGAGAUAACAGCUGCAUUGAAGAAAUAUUGCGGGAGAUGACCCAUUCAUGGCCUCCGCCCCUGUCAGCUAUUCAUACACCAGGAAAGGCAGAACAAAGCAAGUUUCCCUUCCCAAACAAGGAGUCACAACAGGGAUCUACAGGACACAGCAAUACAAGGAAAAGUGAUGUAGAGCCAAAGAGUCCAGAGAAAAGCGCAACCCAUACAUCAAUGCUAGAAGAUGACCUCAAGUUAAGCAGUGAUGAAGAAGAGAAUGACCAGGCAGCACAGAGAUCUGCUCUUCGCGUUCUAUCUGACAGCCUGGUGGUGCCGCAGUCCAACGCCCGAGCCUCGGGACUCUCCAGCAAGGGGUCGAGCAGCAGCAGCUCCAGUGAAUCCGAGACCAGCUCCGAGUCUGACUCAGAGAGCGAAAGCAGCUCCAGCGAGACUGACGGCAGCAAGCCCUCGCAUUACUCCAGCCCAGAGCCUGAGCCGCCCUCAUCCAACAAGUGGCAGCUGGACAAGUGGCUGAAUAAAGUCACCCCGCACAAAGCACCCAUCCUGACCCACCACGAUGGCCCAGCACUGGAGGCCCAUCCCUACUAUGGCCGUGUGAAAGCAGAACGGCAGGAAAGUGAGAAGACCCCAGCUGCCGUCCCGGUUGAGCACAGCAGUGGGGAGGGUCGGACCACCCCCACCAACCCUGCUGCCACAGGGGACGGACCACGCAAGCCCCACAGCGGCUGCAGUGCCUUUGGAUCCAUUAAUGCCAGGACUAGUAGUGAAAUAGCAAAGGAGCUGGAGGAACAGUUUUACACCCUGGUUCCUUUCGGUAGGAAUGAGCUCCUGUCUCCUCUGAAAGACAGUGAUGAGGUAAAGUCGCUGUGGGUCAACAUUGACUUGGCUCUUUUGUCCAGGAUUCCAGAGCGUUUGCCUGAAGAGCCACUGGCCAUGAGCGCCGGAGCAAACCAGGUGGCCAGCCUCCCGCAGGGUAGUAGUGCUGACCCCCCCGCAGAGAAGGGUUUACCGAAAUCUAGAAGGAAACGCAAGUGUGAGAAUGAGGAAGAGUGUAGAGAAAUCAAGAAGACUCAUUUAGAGAGAGAGAGUUCUUCACGAUUAGCUGCCUCUGCCCAUAGCAUCACAACAGCAAACCACUGCAAUAUGAAUGAAAAUAGCUUGGCAAUACCAAUAAAUAAAAAUGAGAAAAUGCUUCGGUCACCCGUCUCUCCCCUCUCUGAUGCAUCAAAACACAAAUACUCCAGCGAUGAUUUAACUUCCUCCAGCAGACCUAAUGGCAGCAGUCUGUUACCUUCCAUCUCCUCCAGCAAAAAACAUAAGGGUGAAAUCCAGUCACAGCCACAUCCUGGAGACUUCAAUAAAGCAAAUCACAUCAAUUCAGAAAAUGUUCUUCUCUGCAAUAAACCACAGUCCCAAACAGAGCCCUGGUCACCUCUGUCCAGCACACCCAGGGACUGCAGAAGGACAAAGCUUGUCUUUGAUGAUAUGCCACGCAAUGCAGAUUACUUUAUGCAGGAAGCUAAACGGAAGAAGCAUAAAGCAGAUGCAAUGGUGGAAAAGUUUGGAAAGGCACUGAAUUAUGCAGAAGCAGCACUAUCGUUUAUUGAGUGUGGAAAUGCAAUGGAACAAGGUCCAAUGGAAUCUAAAUCCCCUUAUACAAUGUAUUCAGAAACAGUUGAACUCAUCAGGUAUGCAGUGAGACUAAAAACCCACUCAGGCCCCAGUGCCACGCCAGAAGACAAGCAGCUGGCAGCGUUAUGUUACCGCUGCCUGGCCCUUCUGUACUGGAGGAUGUUCCGACUCAAGAGAGACCACGCAGUCAAGUAUUCUAAAGCACUUAUUGAGUAUUUCAAGAAUUCAUCAAAAUCUGCCCAGAACCCAUCUCCUUGGGGUACCAGUGGAAAGAGCACAGGAACUCCAUCACCUAUGUCCCCUAGCCCUUCUCCAGUCAGCUCUGUAGGAUCCCAGGGGAGCACAGGGGCCCCAUCCCCAUCUCCUAUCAUCAGCAUCCCGCAGCGCAUUCAUCAGAUGGCCGCCAACCAUGUCAGCAUCACCAACAGCAUCCUGCACAGCUAUGACUACUGGGAGAUGGCUGACAACCUGGCCAAGGAGAACAGAGAUUUUUUUAACGACUUGGAUGCAUUGAUGGGCCCUGUCACCUUGCACAGCAGUAUGGAGCAUUUAGUUCAGUACACUCAGCAAGGACUUCACUGGGUGCGGAAUAGCGCUCACUUGUCAUAAUGACUGUGUGCCAUUCACAUGGACAGUAAACCUUUCAUGGAUAAUUCAGUUAUUCUGGACACUGUGCUACAGAAAUAGUCAACCACAGCAUUGAUCCAAACAAAGGUGAAUAUUUGUUCAAUGUUGAGCAAAAUUUUUUCUGAGUGCAGACAUGUAUGUGUGCAUAUAUACAAUAUACAAUGAUGUCUCUUCAGAAUGAAUUGUUCUGUACCACUCUCCAAACUUUUUCAUACACUAGAAAGAACUGAUCUUAAUGUGCAAAACAUACCCUCUCUAUUCUUGUGCUGAAAAACUCAGAACCCAAAAUCUCAUGGGUUGAUUGAACCAAGUGCAAUAAGCACAGAUCCCUGUUCAGGAAAGCUCUCAACUUUAAGCUUGUACUGAAGUCCCGUUGACUUCACUAGAGCUUAGGUUCAUACACAAGGGCUUUCCUGAACUGGAAGGGAUGAAGGCAAGUCAUAGACAUGGAGAACUUUUACUGUGAGCAUGGACAAGUCACAGAAGUUUCAAUAUUAAUGUGCUGUCUCCCUGUUACUUGCCCACUGGGGCACACAGAGGAGUCGUGUAGUCCGCAUUAAGUUGG